AUGGCAAUCGAUCUCAUUGAUGCUACCUUGAAAGCAAAACGUAAUUGCAAUAAGAAAAGCAAACCCGAUUGCCCACUUACUCUUUACUCAGAAGCUCGCUAUCUCCUCAUUAGGCUUCCCAAUUCCAAAUUCAUCAAAAUGUGUUUUGGAUUAUUGCUUUUGGCAUUGGCCUUAACUUCUUUACCAUUCAUAAUGGGAUUAACCUUGCUUGAAAAAAUCUCUUCCUCCCACCAAGCCAUGCCUAAUUCUUUUGAUCACAUCAACUACGAUUCUACGAACACCAACCAGGUUUUCUCAAAUUUAUUUCCUGACUUAACCAACGAAGACGUCAUGAAUAAAAAGCAACAAAAAGCACAAUUGCUAAGCAAUGAAGGCCUCAACUUGGCUGCGCCGAGGAAGUUAUGUGGUUACUCAUCAGAGGCCAAAAAAGCAGCGUUGGAGAAACUAGAGGACGUGCUUUUGGAGCCACCAAGAGCAGCAUCAGGGAAAUCACGAAAAUAUUUGAAGCGCACGCGCUACUUACCAGAUUUGAUGGGUGAUUCUCUCGAAAGCUACCCUCGUCAUAUUUUCAUCGACGUGGGGUUGCCAGAGAAAGAAGGAGGGAGUGGAACCGAUUGGUUUCGGAAGAAUUACCCAACGAGGAAAAAGAAUUUUGAGAUAUAUAAGAUUGAGACGGAGACAGAGGAAUCUUCAGGGAAAGAGGUGUCACAAAUAGGAAUGUCUGAUUGGUUGAGGAAGAAUGUGAAGGAUGAAGAGUAUGUGGUGAUGAAAGCUGAGGCUGAAGUGGUUGAUGAGAUUAUGAGGGGUAAUUCCAUUGGGCUAGUGGAUGAGCUUUUCUUGGAAUGCAAGCCAAAACAAGGGAACAAAAGGAAUAGAAGUCGAAGGGCUUAUUGGGAAUGUUUGGCAUUGUAUGGGAUGUUAAGGGAUGAAGGUGUUGCUGUGCACCAAUGGUGGGGUUAGAAAGAAAUACAAUGGUGUACGUGUGUGUUGAGUUAACGU